AUGAGCCGGACCACCUUCUUUGAGGUGGAGGUCCUUGAUGCCAGGACUAGGGAACAGCUCUGUUUUUUAGAUAAGGUGGACCCUUACUCUACUAUAGGAGAUAUCAAGAGCCUUUUUCACAAAUCAUAUCCUCACUGGUAUCCAGCAAGGCAGGCACUGAAGCUCGAUCCCAAGGGGAAAUCACUCAGAGACAAUGAAAUCUUACAGAAUCUACCUGUUGGGACCACCGCCACCAUGUACUUCAGAGAUCUUGGUCCACAGUUAGGUUGGACUAUGGUAUUUCUGGCGGAGUACAUUGGGCCUCUUCUUACCUACCUCCUGUUUUAUUUCCGGGUCCCAUACAUAUAUUCACACGUAUAUGCCUUUACCUCCAGUCCCCAUCCUGUUGUAACACUAGCAUGUGCCUGUCACACCUUCCACUAUAUGAAGAGGUUGAUAGAGACUAUCUUUGUGCAUCGUUUCGCCCACGGGACCAUGCCUCUCAGGACAAUAGUCAGGAAUUGUGCCUAUUAUUGGGGUUUCUCAGCUUGGUUGGCCUACUACAUCAAUCACCCUCUUUAUACACCUCCAUCUUAUGGAGACCUGCAAGUGAACUAUGCAUUAGUCCUCUUUAUGAUGUGUGAGCUGGGCAACUUCUCCAUUCACUUGACUCUGAAUAAUCUCAGAGGAGAAGGAUCCAGGGGCAGAAGGUUCCCCAUACCAACUAAGAACCCCUUCACAUGGCUGUUUUUAUUUGUAUCCUGUCCAAAUUACACAUAUGAGGUUGGAGCUUGGGUGAGUUUUUCUAUCAUGACCCAGUGUCUGCCAGUGGCCUUGUACACACUAUUGGUGUUCAUUCAAAUGACCAUCUGGGCCAAAGGGAAGCACAGAACCUACAGCAGGGAGUUCAAAGACUACCCCAGCCUCCGGAUGGCUAUAAUACCUCUGAUUCUCUGA